CGGCGGUGGCUACGCUGAGGGGCACGUCUCAGCGUUUAAUCGACUGAUUUCAUUCUUCAAAUGUUGCCGUAUAAGCCGCCCGGACUAUAAGUCGCAGGGACAUUUCCAGCGUGAGAAUCAACGUAUAAGCCAAGGCUUGUAUUCCGAAAACUACGGUAUACUUCCUCCAUAGCGCCCCCUAAUGACUCAAUUUGUGCAACACGGAAGCAUCCCUCUUGGAUGUAGAACACGUACAGCCGCGCAAGGACGUACAUAGGCGGGGAAAUCCCGACUGUUGCAAUGCGACGCCAGGCAGGAAUUUCCACAAACCAGUCACAAGCCCCAAAUUAGCAUACUUGGCCCUGCUUGACGAGGAGGCUGGAUGUGCUGUUUUCAUUUGUUGUUCCUACAUUCCGUCAUGGUUCCUGUCUCAAAACCGGUUUACUCUGAAGAAUUCAACUGCUACAAGCUUUAAAUAUGCCAAGAAGAAACAGCCCACCAACGCCAACCACUCCCGGCAGCUCCACCAACGGCUCGGAAGCAUCUGAGGGAGACUUUGUCAUCCUUCCCCGGCCCUCGCUGGACACUGUCAGCAGCACGGCCGGCAGCCACCACCACCACCAUCCGGCAGAUCUCCAGCUUCGGUCCCAGGUCUCGCCCACGGCUACAGUCAACGGCGGCCCCAACAUGGUGACCAUGAUGCAGUACGACCAGCUGGUGAGCACGGUGCGGGGCAUGAAGGAGGAGAACAACAUGCUGAGAGUCCAGCUAACCGACAUGGUGCAUACGAUGGAGAACCGUACCAAGGAAUUUCUCCAAAUGAAAAACAGCAACCGGCAGGUGACAGAACGCUGCAAGGAACUCCGCAAGCUGGCCAACCUGGAGAUCACCAGGUUACGCAACCAGGUCCAGAACCUAGAAGAUCAACAGCAGGCUGACGACCAGGAGAAAAGUGCCCUGAAAGUCCAGAACGAAGAAUUGAAAGAGAAGGUCCACUUUUACGAGUCCAAAUUACAGCGGCUUGAGGCGGAGUUAAAAGAAAAGAAUGAAGAGGUCAUGGUUUUCUUUGAACGGGACAAUUCUAAAUCAAGCAGCGAGGACAUAUCGGCACAAAUGCCAAUCUCCCUACUUUCUCAACUCAAGAAAGACAUUAAGGAUGUGCAGGGCACGAGAGCGGACAUCCAAACCAACUUUGCCACCUUGGAGCAGGUGCUCCAAAAGUCGGCCGCAGAGCUGAGACACUACAAGCAGCAGGCGGACCUCUUAGUGCUCGAGAAGCAGGACCUGUUGGCCCUCAACAAUGAGUUGCAGACUAAAGUGUCCGUGUACAGCAAUGGCGCAUCCUGGCAAGGCAGCCGGGGCACGCCGGUGUCAGCUGUGGGAUCGGAUGUCACGUCAGAGAGCGACACCCUGCAGGGUGCAAUGGAGGGCUCCGGCAGCCAGUUCCAACUGCCCCCUCCCCCCUUCAGUCCAGGCCAGGCCUUGCACAAGUCCAGGGUGGCCCUCCAGGACGUCCUGCUUCAGCUGCAGGCUGAGAGGGACAAAGUGGCCAGCCUGAUGGAGGACCUGAAGAAGGAACGGAUGGAUCGGAACAAGAGCGAGACCACGCUGAUGGAGCAGCUGCACGCCAGGAGCGGAGAGCACGACAUAGCCCUGGAGGAGCUGAAAAAGAAGCACCAGGAGCAGGUGGAAGAGCUAGUGGGGAAGCUAGAUGAACUGGCGAUAGCCAACCAGGAGCCCCACCACAGCAUGGAGCUGAAACAGCAAGUCCGAAGUCUGGUGUGCGAGCUCCAGGAACGGGAAAAUGUCCUACAGCAGCAGGAGCACUCGGUGAAAGACCUCCGCGCAACUAACGAGGCCCUGAAAAGCAAGAUAGCAUUGUACCACGACGAACUGGAGGAAGUCCGGAAACAAGAUUCCCAAAUGAUUGAAACUUUGCGAGAGGAGCUGAAGAGGCAACAGGAUACAUACCAGUUGGAGAAACAGCAGAAACUUAUUGAAAGAAUGAACCAUGACAAGUUGAUGGAUGACCACAAACACUUAAGGCAGGAGUACAACCAGUUGUUUGCCGACUACGACAACCUGAACCGUCUGUACGAAGAGCAGAGGAGCCGAAGCACACAGGGGGUGAGUGCCGCUGCUGUGCGCGAGCUGGCCGAGCAGCGAGACAACCUGACGGCCCAGCUGAUGUCGGCCGAGGAAGCCAUCGGGGCCAAGCAGAACCAGCUGGAGAAAGUCCAGAGGGAACUCCAGGAGGCCAAGACGGAGCUGGAGACAGUCCCAGUUCUUCAGGCACAGGCCGAAAUCUACAAGAAUGACUUUGAUGCGGAGAGGGAAGCACGGGAGAAGGCGCACACGGAGCGUGAAGCCCUGAUGGACGAGCUGGAAGCCGUGAAAGAGCUUAACCAGCAGAUGCAGGACCAGCUGGCAAGCCACGCCCAGACCCAACUGCAGCAGAUGCAGCAUCGCCACAGCAACACCCUCGGUGGCAGCAGCGGUGGAGGAAGUGGAGGUGGAGUCGGCAGCACACUCUAUGAACGUUUCAUCUCCCGCCCCCUGAAUGCCCUGAGUGGUGCACAGGCCCGGAGAAACGACCAGGGCUAUGCUGGUGGCCGGGACUAUGGUAGUGGUGGCCCUUACGAGGAGGAGCCCUACGACACCAUCCCGGAGAUGGACCCAGGGGUGGAUGUCGAUCAGGCUGGCCGGGGCACAGCAGACCUUGCCAACGCAGGAAGAAUGUCUCCAGGAGUGGUAAGUCAUGACCAGAGUCAUAGUCAGCAGCCCAUCACCAACCCCACCUGCCCUAAAUGCCAGAAUGAGUUCCCGGACAUUGACACACUCCAGAUUCACAUGCUGGACUGCAUCAGGUAGAAGACAGGAUCCCCCCAUCCCUCCUUUUCAGGGCUGAAACUUUCCGGGCCAUGUCCGGAUCACUCGGCUGCGACUGGUAGAAAUACACAGGUCUACAGGAAAUGGCUACAGCCACAGGCUUAGUGGCUUCCACAAGGGCGCAUGUUACCAUUAGCCACAGCCGGGUAAUUCGGACUUGGCCAAACUUAAUACCGACGGAGAAAGUGGUGUUAGGUGGAUGUCGGAGACGGUGCAAUGAUUUGUAUGCAAGAUGCUGACCAAGUCUCAAAUUGUAUUGAUCCAAAUGUUUUGGAGACUUCACACUAUGAUGGAAUGCCUAACUGUUGACUCCUUCGCUGUUACAGAUGAGAUUAGGGUGGAUGAGAAAUCCACAAAAUCCAGUAAAACAAAGCGAAAGAAUUGUAAAAAAGUUAAAAGUUUAGUUUUUGAGUAAAAAGUGUGAUUUUUUUUACUGUUGAUGAUAUAUAUGGACUUCUGGGUUUAGGUUUUUUGUUUAGAGUACAUAGCAAAAUGUUCAAAACUCUAAAGAAUCCAGCAUUUUUGAGCUAAAUCCAGAAAAAAACUUUUGAAAUCGUAUGCCUGGCCGUCUUAUCACUAAUCAGAGCCUCAUGGUGAAAAUGUCUCUAUAUCAAUGUCAGAUAUUUUCAAUACUUUCUUCAAGACCAAGAAUGCUGUAUUAUUUUUUCAAAUAAGCAAGGUUUGUUUUUAUCACUGCAGGAAUCUUAACAUUUAAUAAACAAGAAAACCAUCAAUUAUUUGCAGUUUUACAGGAAAUUCUAUAUCGUCCUUACUAGAUUUUAGUGGAUCAUUCUGUUGGUUUGAAUUCACUAACUACUAAGCUUACUAGCACAUAAUGCCGUAGGAACUCAUGACAUGUUCUGCCAAAAAGGUGCAAGUACAUUUAAUGCAGUGAGGAUUGUCAUGUAGGAUGCAUGCAGUGCCCACCAUGGAAGUUUCAUCCCAAAAGUCUUCAAAUGCAAAUCAAGAAGGCGAAAUUUGAUACGCCAAUCGAUCGAAUUCACCCUCGGACAAGCAAUAUUUCACUGGGUUUAAUUCAGUAUGUUGAACUGUACAGUGAGGCCGUAUUUUCUUGGAUCGUUAAAUGUACCAAUUUGUUCAGUGUCGUGCAUGUGCAUGAGUGUUGAGACUGUAUUUCUUGUAACUAAGCACCUUUGUGGACUGGUUAAACUGUGGAAUUUUGUUCAAAGUUUGAGCAACAAAUGCGUGUUCUUUUAUUGCAGCAACAUGGCCAUGUUUACAUAGGCAAUUAGACAGGCACAUAAUAUCUGUUGUAAAUUUAUAUGUACAUACAUCAGUAAAAUUGACAAGGAAAUGACCAGAAGGAACUGUUAUAUUUUACACCAAUAAGUACUUUCUUUUACCUUUAAGUUAUAUUUUCCCAAUUUGCAAACCAGAUAAUCCUUGAUAUUUACUCAAUAGUUCAUUUAUUUUUCUUGGAGGAUGACAUUGUACAGAAAAGGUAUAUGUGAAAACCAAAAAACAAUUACAUGUUAUCUGAAGGGAAUGUGUUUAUGGAACAUUGUAUUCUCCUUGAUAAGGCAUCCAUGUCCACGUUUAUACUCUAUUGUAAGGUGUACUUCGUCCUAUCACACGCAUUUGAAUAAAUGUACGAGCAAUCUUUGUGACCGACUCGUUACUUCUUCAAAUAUUCUGGCAGGUAGUGUUACUAUCAAAUACUACCUUUAAUCAAUGUUCUUUGACUUUGAUGGAUGUUGUGGGGUUUUCUCUGGAGUGGAACUGGGGGUAAACAAGUAUACAUCUGAUAGAGUUGAUGACUCUGCAACAUACCGUGACCUUUAGAGAUCAGCAUUCUGAUGUCUCGUAUUGGGACCUGUAAAUACCUGAAGACGCAACUGUCAGCUGUCUUCAGUUUCUAAGUAGUACUAAGUUUAAUAGUUACCAGAGGAGCACUGUAAUUAAGGCAAUAGAUGAAUUGAUACCAUAUAUAUAACAUUAUAUUGGGAUUGUGUUCAAGUUGUAUUAGGUCUUCAUUGAAGGGUUAAAUAGAUUGUCCUUGCCAAUUUUAGCACAUACCGGUUCACGUCAAAAAAAAGUGUUUAAUGUCAUUAGGGUGCAUUUAGAGUGAACAGAAGCAGGGUUGUGGUUCUGACAUGAAGACCUGUGCUUCCCUGUGCACGUGUUCACAAAAUUCACUUUUCUGGUUUUCUUUUUUGGGGAAUAUCCAAUUUUAAUAUGAAAGCUUGAAUCAGGAAGAACAUACAACAGACACAUAUUUGAAUGAAAGCAACAAUUUUCCACCAGUUGCUUGAAUUCUCGACUAAACUCUUUCCAAAGCUUCUGACACAUUUGAAAUUGACAUAUUGAGAGACUGACCGUGUAAGGGAGCAUUCAAUUCAAAACAAAUUUUCAGGAAUCCAACAUUAUAUUUGAAUUAUUUUUCAAAGUGAAAUUGGCUUGGAAAACUUGUAACACGACCGGUCAGGAUUUUUUGUAAUGUGCUACGUACUUGUAUAUUGAAGUGUUUGAUAUUUUGUUGGCGACUCAAGGCAACAACUGUGAAAUAAAGAGCGUGGCAAUCACUGUGUAGAAAAGCUGUGCAAAUAUUCAAAUAAAAGCUUGCUACACUCAAGAGGACAAUGUGGUAUUACAAUCUCAGUUGCCCCCCCAAAAAUUGUAGAAACUUGAAAGCUUAUUGAGACAGCUGGAAAUGUACUUGGACACUGUAUAAAUGUUCCGUUCCAUUUUCUAAAGAUAAUUGAUGGUAACUUGAGUUAGUGAUCAUUCACUUUGGGGGGUUUUCUCUUGAUCAUGCAAAAUUUACAUGUACUUCAGAGAAUCACAGUCUGCAUUUGUUUGACCUGUGAAAAAUGACGAAUGACUAUCAAUUUUAUGUUUUCCACACUCAUUAAAAAUUUGAAAAAAAAAAAAGGAUUGUCCGUUAAUUGCCAAGGUUGCAUGCAAUCUGAUGUGAAAGCUGUCGGUGCAAAUGAGUAAUUUCCUUUUUCUUAAUAACUUGGCACAACGGCAUUUAAAUUGAUACAGAUGUGUUUUGGUUGUCUGCAAUAAAUGGGCCAAUGAUACUGAACACAAUAGGG